AUGUCAUCCACCUCCACAAACAACGUCAUCAAUUUCUACCUGUCCGAAGUGGAUUCUCGAAUUUUGGAAAAACAAAAAGAACUCAAAGAAGCAUUCGAAAAAUCGGCAAACUUACGAACUCAUGCGGAAACGAUUCAGAAUUUUAUUGGAAAAUAUGCGAAUUUCGAGACAAGGGUCAACGAAUUGCAGGCUGAAAUUGCGGAAAUGGAUCGGUUAAUUGCCGAAAAACAGAAGGAAAUUGAUGAAAAUCGAAAUUUUUCAAGAAGAGAAGAAAGGAAGGUGGCAACACGUAUUCGGGCAGAAAAAAUUGAUACUGGAAUCCAAAGUUCACAAAAAGAGCACCCAAGUGACAACUACUGCCUACUCUACCCACAUCAUGAUUCAAUGCGAAUCUAA